GCGCUAAACUAAACUCGUCACUUCCGGGCCAGACACUGGUGAUUAGAAAACGUUUGGAAACUGAAACUGUUGAAAGCUGCGACGACUUUUUAGAUGAGAUGGCUGUAACGAGUUAUAGACAGUCACAUAAACAGAAAAACUAAAGAGGGAGGAGCCAUGGCCUGUGCCCAAGUCCCACUGGAUGAGCAGCAGGUGACUGAGCCGGGCCCGCUGGGAAAAGAGCACACACUGCCUGCACUGCACCCGGCCAGGAAGGAGGAGCGUUUGUUUGUGCCUUACAAAUCCCCGCCAGAAGACGGUUCUCCCGCUGAGGUGGAGGAAUUUUUGGAACAUGCCAAAUUCAUCACGGAGGACCUGGAGUGGCUGCUUGCACUGCCCCAUGACAAGUUCUGGUGUCAGGUGGUGUUUGAUGAGUCUCUGCAGAGGUGUCUAGAUUCAUACCUGCAUCACGCUCCUCGCGGCCUCGACCUCGGCAACAUGCCCUCCUCUCCGGCGGUGGCCGACAUGCAACGCUCCGUCCACAGAGCGGUCUUCUUGACCUUUCUCAGGAUGGCCACGCAUAAAGAGUCCAAGGAGAACUUCCUCACUCCAGCUGUGUUUGGAGAAAUUGUCUAUGAGAACUUCCUGUUUGACAUUCCCAAAUUCCUGGAUCUGUGUGUGCUCUUCGGAAAGGGCAACAGCCAGCUGCUGCUCAAGAUGAUAGAGAACAUCUUUACCCACCAGCCGUCUUACUACAGGGACCUGGAUGAGACGGUGCCCACCGUCUUACAGGUGUUCGACACCAUCCUGGAUAAGUGCGGUCUCCACUGUGAGGGAGCCGCAGCCAUGGAGCCGAUGAAGCUGAAUGCACACAAACAGCCCACUGCCAUGACCAUGAGCCAGCAGGAUCUCGUAGAUCUUAUUCUGUACCUGUGUGACUCGACCACCACCAUCCAUGCCUUCCUGGACAUUUUCCCUGCCGCCUGCUCCAGCUUCCACUCUCAUGGCUUCCUCAGCAGACUGACCUCGUUUUAUGAAACCGCUGUGCCUGACCUCGAGAAGGCAGUGAGGAAGAGAAACUUUGAAUCUAAAGAUCUUCAGCAGGACUUGUGGAAGAGGUUGUCCCACUCCUGUCGUAAGAUUGUGGAGAUGGCUCACUUGCUGCUGCAUCACACCUGCCUACAGCCGAUCCUGGAGGGGGGAGAAAACAUACAAACAUGUGCAGAGGAGCUCCUUCAACAUUUCUCAUCGUUUUUACCUGAGAAAAGGUUCUUAUCAGACUAUGAUGAGCAGUUCCCCAUCGCAGACUACAUCAGCCUCCUACAACAGGCCCUCCCUGUCAUUGAUGAGACCCGGACGUCCUACCUGCUCCAGGGGGUGGAAAGUGCCUGGGACUGUGUGGGCCGACAGAAACCACACAUCCAGAGUCGGCGUCGGGGAGCAGCGGGGGGAGCUGCUGCCACCUCGUCAGCUGGCUUUAAACUUCAUGAGGUCCGAGAGCCAGAAGGAGGAGGGGAGAGCCUGAGGGGAGCAGAGGCCAUGUUGGAUGUUCCCCGAAAAGGAAACCAUGGUGCGGUGUGUGCGGUGAGCGAGGCGGAGCUGGAGUCUCUGCUGUCGUGCAUCAGGGACCUGCUGCCUGAUUUGGGCGAAGGCUUCCUGCUGGCCUGCCUGCAGGAGUACAACUACAACUCUGAGCUGGUCAUCAACAACAUCCUGGAGGACCGCCUGGCCCCCAACCUGGACAAACUGGACCGAGACAUGCCCAGGCCAGUGGAGGAGCCACUUCCAGAUGUUCUGAAUGUCAGAUCCAACGUGUUUGAUGAUGAUGAGUUUGACAUUUUCCGCCGAGACCAGGUGGACAUGUCCCGCAUUUGGAAGGGAAGGAGGAAAGGUGAGAGCGCUCGAGAGUUGCUGAACGACAAGCAGCACAUAGCGGAGCAGAAGGCUCGCUAUCUCUCUUACGAGACGGUGGUGGACGAGGUCGUCAUUGAACCUGGUGAAAGUCCAGAAGCGUACGACGACGAGUACGACGACACCUACGACAUGGGCCAAGUGGGAGCUAAUGACCUGGAUGGAGACAGUUUACUGAGCAGAAGGCCUUUCACCAUCCCACAGAUCCUGAGAAAAGAAAACAAACCAGAGUUGGAAGAGGAGGAUGAAGAGGAGGAAGAGACACUACAGAACAACGUAAACAGGGACCAGUUUGUGCAGGACCCGGCUCUGCUGAGAGAGAGGGCUGACGCUAGAAGAGCUGCCAUGCAUCAAAGGAAAGGUUUCCGACCGGAGCAGCGUCCCAGUAACGUGGUGGGACAACCGAAAGGCCAAGGACAAAACACGGAGACAUUCCUGGACCGACGCAAGAAGGAGGCCAACAAGAGCCGCGGGGCAAACCACAACCGCCGCAACAUGGCCGACCGCAAGAGGAACAAAGGCAUGAUCCCCUCCUGACCUGCGUGACGGCUGGCUGCGCGAACUGAAACAGACUGAUGGUAGGAGGGAGGGAAGAUGGCUGAGGUGUGAGACAGUAAAGGGAACGAAACACUGGGGCUUGUGUGUUUUUUCUGGGUUUAAAUUUGGAUCCCUUAAUUGUCCUCAAGAUCACAUCUCAGCCCCAAAGUCGCCGUCGUUACUCGAAGAAAAAGCCGCCAAAGGUUUUGAGUUGUUGGUGAGGAGUUGCAUUAGUUUACCGACUUUCUUUGACUGGGCUUUUGUGACCGGAUGUUGCCAAGCAGCUAGACAUGUUUGAGACUCUGAACAUUAGCUUUUAGUGUUUGAGCCGAAAGGACGUUCAGCUCUUUGGCCCAAAUGAUUUUCUUUUUAUAGCUCACUAAAAACCAAAAGUCCUGAGUGUGAGCCAGAGACCGAGGACAAAGAAUAAGACGUUUAUUUUUGCUAUGUAACAAAUCAGUUUAUUAUUAAGAUCCAGGGUGAUUGAUUUAAAGUUUCUUUGACAUCAUCAUCAUCAUCAUCAAAUAGACAACAUAGUAAUAAAAAGAAGCAACAUCCAGGGUCUUGGAGAGACUGUGGUAUCUGCUGUAGCUGGAAGAACAAUUACUGAGCUGGUGAAGUCAGGACAUCAGUGGCAGACAGUGUUGCUCUUACUACUCAUCCUGUAUGAGCAGCUUGUGUGAAAGCUGCCUGCAUGUAACGUUCAAGUGCAUGCCCAGUUCACACCACUGUUGUCCAGCCUUCAUAAAAACAUAACGAAGGAAAUCCACUCAUAACUUAUGAUGUUGUUUGGAAGCAGGAAGGAAACCUCCGACAUGAUGCACAGACUAUUUUCUAUGAAGAGAACAGAUCUAUCAGAGCAUUUUGUAACAAAAAAAGCAUAUGUAAUUGCUUUUUGGAGUUGACAUUGCAACCUAAAAUAAAUACAAUAAUACUAUGUUUUUGACAUCCUUA